GAUGUUUUGUAAAUCGUGUUUUUUAUUGUUGUAUUAAUUAGGAAAAUAUUUGUUAGUGGCAAAUGACUACCUGUUUAGUUAAUUAUUUAACUGUGAUAAUAAUUUCAAAUUGAUUAUCAGGUCAGAUUGAAAAUCAGAAUGGAUGUAGAUUUGCUGAGACCGGGCACAGUGCCCAUUUCUAAAGACACAAUUUUGUGGUUUGAGUUCCUUCUUGAUCCAAAUCUUUUGAAGAACCAUCUUAGUAAACCGAAUCCAGAACCUUCAGCAUGUGAUUUAAUUGAAGAGUUCUUGUCAGUGGACUCAAAGAAUACCAAUUCAAAACCUACAAGUGAACGUGUAGUAGAUGUAGAUGCACCACCAAGUCCACCAACUGUUACAACACCAGCUCCUAUGCAAUUCACAAGGAAGCAAUUGGCAUUAAAAAUUCUUGCACUCAAAGUUGCAUCUACACUUCACUGGAAUUUAGAUAUAUUUGAAACCAAGUUGCCACCACUUAUUCAACAGCAAUUGAUGCAAGAUCUAGUGUACAUGGCCACAGACACUGCCUUUACUGUCCCACCAAUAGAAAUACCGCAAGGACUGAUGCAGCAACCUAAAGUUCAAUUUGCACUUACACUAUACCAUAGGUGGAUAUUACGGUUUCCAGUGAAAGCUGCUCUAUAUGCUAAAUCAACAAAAAUGUCUUUUAUCCAUAUGCCUGGUAUGCAAACUGAGGUUGGAUACACACCAAUGAACCAAAAUUUUGAAAAAAUCUUGAGAAUGGCUGAAGUAUCUCGAUUGCAAAGUAUUAGGUUUCUAGAAGAAAUUUUAUCUUUUUAUGAAACACCACAAAAUUCCAACCAUAGAGAAUCCAAGAAAAUCAAAGUACCUGUUAUGGAAGCAUUUGUACAUUUGACAGAAGACUCGGAUGACUUAAAUCAUAAUUGGGAGGCUGGUGAUACUGUUAUAAGUCAAUAUGAAUUUGCAAUGCAGAUACAUUUUGAUUUAUGCUAUAAUUAUUUCUUUUAUGGUCAGCAUGACUUGGCUAAGAAGCAUAUUCUUGGUUGUAGAGAAAACUUUAACCUUUUGGAAAAAGAAGUAUCCAGCUAUGGGUAUGGUUCUCAUAAAGUUAUGCCAUGGGGUGAAUUUUAUUAUGCUAGUAUGACAAAGGAUGAUAUUUUGGGUUACGUCAGGGCACUGAAUUUGGCAAUGGAAGUCUUAAAUGAAGAGCCCUCACUUUUACAAAGGCUACAAGAAUCAAUAGCCAAUCAUUAUACUGGCAUCAUAGGUGUAUUACAAGCUGAUAAUUUGGCAAGAGAAAUACCAAUGAUUCAAAGACAAGUGGUAGAAUUAGAUAUUCAAGGAUCAGCAUCAAGUGGGGCAUUUACUGUAGCUAGGGAUUUACUGAAUAGAGUCUCAGCCUUAAAUGCAGUCAGAUAUGCCUUAGAAGGCGGUAUCCCAUCAACACACCCUGAUUUUCUUAACAAAUUUAAAACUGUUGGAAUAAAAUUUUUUGAUCUCCUAUUUUGGGCUUUAGGACCAAUUUUGAUAUCUAAUCUAUCUGAAGAUGAUUGGGAUAAUCUAAGAAUGUUUUUCCUUCAUCUGGCUUCGUCUCAGUGUAGAUUACCAAUUGACAGAAUCGACGAAUAUUUAAAAAAACAUGUUGGAGAUGCAUCUGAAAAUAUACGAAAAAAAUUGAUAUCAGAUGAACAGCUAAGAAUUAUAUUAAAUGAUGCUAUUAAUCAAGAUGAUGAAAAUAUGGAUAUACCUCGUGAAUUGUUGACUGAUGAUUGGGAUACCUCAGAUUUUGAUUUCAAGACUGUUCCAGAGUUGGAGAUGGGCAGAUUAAAGAAACGUCUCAUUGAAGCGUCAACAGCUGAUGACGUCCGUAUGUGUUUGGUAAAACUAGCUAUGAUGUCACCUUCAUCACCCUUGUGGAAAUUAAGUCCAUCUUGGAAACCCGCAGGUGGGUUAGGAAAUGCUUUGGUAUCUCUUCCAAGAGGGUUCUUGCAAGAUUUUGGCUAUGUUGUUUCUGGAGCAGCAAGAGCUAGAGCAGAAGCGGGAUGCUCCCGAACUGCUUUAUCACUUCUCUCGGUACUCGAAGGUGAAGCUCGAAGCCAACUUGGUGGAGGAACUGACCCAGUAUUAUACAGACUCUGCAGGCAUUUGUCAUGGGAAGUUUUGCUGUUACAAGUCAAUGUUAUGUUGAGUGAGUGGCCACACCAUCGUUUAAAUCUGACAGCAUUAGCUAACAAAUGUAAAGCGUGCAUUGCAGCUGCAAAUUCUGGUGACAGUAUUAUUCCGCGACCUCAAGUAGUAGAAGCUUGUUGGAGCUGCCUAGUAAAUGCAUGUGAGUGGGAAGGUGUCAGCUCUGUAACAGGACCUGGCGAACUUGCAGCGGCUUUAUGCGCCGCUUGCAUAGAGUUACAGAGAGGAAAAGCAACCAGAAAAUUCCCCAGACCUUUGUGGGAUAUCGUUUUAUCUGUAUACAGUAAUGGAUCAGUAGGCCCAGUUAAACGCAAUGCAGCGGGAUUGGCAACACAUUCUCGUGACGCACCGAAUGCUUCCGUUGAAGCUCGUAGCGCCUUCAACGCCUUUUUAGCUACUCUUCGAGAGCCACUAGCUGUCAGCGUCAUGCUUUCUCUUCUAGCUCGAAUACAUAAUUUACUUAUCGACGACAACAGUUUGGAACUCGUCGUCGAAUACACAAACUUAUGGCCGUCGAACAUAUCGAAUAUGAACAACUACAACGUUAAAUAUGUUAUCGAAUCUCUUACUGACAUGCUGGAAAGAAGUCUGAAGCUUUAUCCUUACAACACCUCAUGGCUUCGGCUAUACGGCGAUGUAGAAAUGUGUGGUGGGCGUUGGGGGGCGGCUUUACGCCGUUACCUUUGCGCUUUAGCAGCGGGCUCCUGGCUUUUUGCCAAGCGCGCGCCAGACGAAGCCGGCAUUGCCAGGCGUGCGGCCCGAUGCUGCCAAGCAUUGGCCGCGCCUACACAAGCGGCAGCACUGUGCCAGCUGCCAGACGAGCCUGACUACACUACGGCCUUCAAAUGCCUCGCCGAGAAGGCAAGCAACAUAUCAGAUGCAAUGGAUGCGUACUACGGUUGCCUGUGGGACGGUACGCUGUUAGAAGUGAGCGUUGCUUUACAUGCUCGCAGGGGUGAGGGGGGCAGACGCUCGCGCGCAGUCAAAGCGGCCGGUGCAUUAGAACUCAAUGCUAACAACAGCGAAGAUAUACAAAGGGAAGCAGCAGCUAUUAGAAGGGCUAGACUCCUUAGAGCUCUAACUAAUCAAUAUGUUGCAUAAUGCCGUACAGUACAACUGAGCUAAUAAAACGCACAAGUUAUUAAAGAAAAUCUAUUCUGCACAACUCAACAACUGAAAUGUAUAAUACUUACACAUUGGAGAUCGGAAUGGUAGCGAUUUUAUAAUUAAGGAAAAUCAGUGAUAUUAAUAAUAAAUUAUAUCAAACGU